AUGCAGAGCUAUGACACGCACACGCACAGUCUCAACUGCACCACAACAGAGCACCCCACAUACACGAGAAGGGAUACAGACACACACAACAACAACAACACGGAAGACUCUGCAUCGGGGGGAGGGACUGAGGCGAGUGCAGAGCAUGUACAGACGCCCACACACGCACACGCACAUGUCUGCCCCCAUACAAACAAAGGCGCUUUCAUCAAGAGCGCUCAGGACAAGGCCGUGUAUGCCACACACCGGGUGGCGCAGAGGUACCGAACUUCACCGUAUGAACUGGUCUCG